UUUCAUAUACGCUACUUGCGUAACAUCUGUGUCGGUCGCUUUGCUGCUUGUUUCUUCAGUCGGCGGUAUAUAGCGGAGGUUACACACAGCUGUCUGGGGCAAUUGCUUAUGCUGGUCUCUGCACAAACAGCGUAAGGUUACGUUGUCGCAUAGAUACGCUUGUGGCGCAGCUGACAGGAGGAGCUGGACAUGGCAGCUCCAGUGUGAAGCGGAUGGGCCAGAACGGAGGCUGUUGGUGGGGAGGAAGGUAACGGGAGAGAUACAUGGCAGGGAGAGAAGAUUAUUAUAGUAAUUAUACGUAACGGUUUGCUGGCAUUAUUGUGCAGCAUUAACAGGCCGAGCCAAUGAGCUUAGUGCUUUUCUGCACAAGGCCCGAUAGGUGUAUCGUCUGCUAAACUCAAAGCCCAAUGAUCCCUUCAUGUCUAUUGUAUAGAGGCGACAAUGAUCCACGGUAGCUAAUAGAGACUGACCAUGAGUGUCGCACUCGGGCCUUAAAAUAGAAGGCUGUGUGUUUUGCCAUGACGACUGGCGACUGUUGUCACCUUCCAGGUUCCCUAUGUGACUGUACAGGGAGUUCAACCUUCCUGAAGUCCGUAGAGGACUCUGACCUUGGCAGGCCACAAUAUGUCACUCAAGUGACUGCAAAGGAUGGCCAGCUGCUUUCUACGGUUAUCAAGGCACUGGGCACACAGAGUGAUGGUCCAAUCUGUCGAAUAUGCCAUGAGGGCGGCAAUGGGGAGAGAUUAUUGUCUCCUUGCGACUGUACAGGCACCCUGGGAACUGUGCAUAAGAGUUGUCUGGAAAAAUGGCUUUCCUCUUCGAACACAAAUUACUGUGAAUUGUGUCACACAGAGUUUGCAGUUGAAAGACGACCACGGCCUGUCACAGAGUGGCUGAAGGACCCCGGUCCACGGAAUGAAAAGAGGACACUAUUCUGUGACAUGUUGUGUUUCCUAUUCAUUACUCCUCUGGCAGCAAUCUCUGGCUGGUUGUGUCUACGUGGAGCACAAGAUCACUUGCAGUUUAACAGCCGACUAGAGGCUGUGGGGCUUAUUGCUCUAACCAUUGCACUUUUUACAAUCUACGUCCUUUGGACAUUGGUGUCAUUCCGCUACCACUGCCAGCUGUACUCAGAGUGGAGAAGGACCAACCAGAAAGUCCUGCUGCUCUCUGCGGAUUCCAAAAUGGGUUCUGCUACCCAGCAUUCCCUGCUUUCCUCCAAACUUUUGAAGAAGGCUGCAGAUGAGACCACUGUAUGAUACCCACAUUCAGAAAUACUUGAAAAUUGUUUGGUAGGAACAGAAGAACUUUUUACAGACUCCAAGGAAACUAUUUAUUAACUAUUUACUUACUGUGUUUUUAAUAUUAUUUAAUAUUAAAAACACAGUAAGUCACAAAGAUGAACUUUGCUGCUGCCACAAUACAUGUAUUAUUAAGUAGUCAUGGAUUUGAAAAACAAGUUUGCAAUCCAACAAGAUUUUUUUUAUUUUUUUUUUCACCAGGAAUAUGUCUGACAUUUUCUUCUGAUGCACAUUGACAGAUUAUAAGGAUCUGAAUUUUGUAUAUGGUUGAUUUAUAUUUAGUUAUUUGUGUCAAUAUUCAGUAGAGGCUUUCAUCCAGCAGCUUAACCAGUUCACUGCAGGAGACCCUUCUGGCAAAAAAGAAUAUUAACACAGAGCUACCAUCAGAGAAAUGCAAUACGACUUGUCUACACCCCUACAAAACAUUGAAUGCAUCUUAAUAGCAUCAGGACAAGAUUUAUCCUGCAUAAAUAAUAUAAAUAUAUAUAUAUAUAUAUAUAUAUAUAUAUAUAUAUAUAUAAUGUUAUGUUAAAAUGUUAAUAAAGUGUUAAACUUUU